UCUCUCUAUCUCCAAUGUCUUCACAAGCUCUCCUCUUACAAACUCUCCUCAUCUUCCUCACACUCUCAUACUCAUCUCAAGCCUCCAGCCUCUUCACAGAAUACAUAGGCGCAGAGUUCAAGGGUGUCAAGUUCUCCGAUGUCCCCAUAAAUCCUAACGUAGAUUUUCACUUCAUCCUCUCCUUUGCCAUAGAUUAUACUACAACACCAAAUCCAACUCCCACCAAUGGAGACUUUAACGUAUUUUGGGACUCUACUAACCUCACUCCUUCCAGUGUUAUUGCCAUUAAACAGAACUAUAGCAAUGUAAAGGUAGCACUAAGUCUCGGUGGUAAUAGUGUUCGUGACAGUGAUGCCUACUUUAAUGCUUCCUCCAUUGAUUCUUGGGUUAGCAACGCAGUCUCUUCACUAACAAAAAUCAUCGAGGAAUACAAUCUGGAUGGAAUUGAUAUCGACUAUGAACAUUUCAGUGGUGACUCUGACACUUUCGCAGAGUGUAUAGGUCAGUUGCUGACAACGCUGAAGAAAAAUAGUGUGAUAUCAUUUGCUUCUAUAGCUCCUUUUGCUAGUGACGAAGUCCAGAACCACUAUUUAGCUUUAUGGAAAAACUAUGCAGAUGUUAUAGAUUAUGUGAACUUCCAAUUCUACGCCUAUGAUUCGAGCACGACUGUCUCUCAGUUUCUGGGCUAUUAUGAGACCCAAAGUGCAAAUUACAAAGGUGGAAAGGUUUUGGUGAGUUUUGCCACUGAUGACUCUAGCGGAGGACUGAGACCGAGUGGUGGCUUCUUUAAUGCCAGUGAGACCCUCAAGAUGCAAGGAAAGCUUCAUGGUAUCUUUAUUUGGUCGGCAGAUGACUCCUUGAGCAAUGGCUUUCCCUAUGAGAAGCAGUCACAAUCCCUAUUGGCAAGUUAAUAGAUCUGACCAUGAUUAUCAAUGUUUCCUCGUAAAGUACAUUUGAAUCCAAUGUAUCACACGUUAAAAUUUGACUAUGUUAAAAGAUAUUAAGCUUCUCUA